CCAGAGGCCAACCUGGCGCUGUUCCUGGCCUAUCAGAACCAGACAGCCUUGUACUACGACGAGCUGAUGGGGAAGCUGCACAGGAUGAACCAGAGCCUGGGCCUGGUGCUCUACGCCGUGGAUCACAUGCAGAGCAGCGUGGAGGGCCGGCUCCUGCACAUCCAGAGAUUCAUUGGCUGGGCAGGAGUCAGUCUCGGCGCCGCCUGCACCUGCGUCCUGCACGCCGGCUACUUCCUGCUCUCGGCUCUGCUCAUGACCUUCCUGCAGACCCCAGGCCUCCCCCGCGCCGUGCUCCUGGUCCUGGUCAUCGCCAACGCGCUCUCCGAGCUCAACCACGCCAUCUCCCUGGGCUUCAAGUCCCUCACGCUUUUCCUGGUGCUCGUGGUCGCCGGUAACUGGCUGCUGGCGAGCGUGUGCUGCUGCGCCCGGAGCGUGAGGGGCCGGAAGCCGCCUCUGGCGCUCUCGCUGACUCCCCAGAGGGCACCGGGGGCCAGCAGCCCCGAAGCAGAGCUCAAGGAUGAUCCCCGCUGUCAUAUCACCUCCACCCCUGACAGGGAGUGUGAAAUCGGCCUCUUACGGGAAGAGCUGAACCAGCUGGAGGAGAUGAGCUACCUGCAGGACGACUCCUGCCUGGGGAGGGCGCCCCCGCUGACGGGAAACCCCUUUCGGGCUGGGGCCGUGCCGCUGCCCCCUACAGGCUGGAAGGCACAGCAGAGAUCCGCUGCUCUGCCGGCUCCCUCCGUCCCCAUCGGGAACUUGCGCCGUGUCAGUCUGAGCCGCACCACCAGGCACGAGGUGUUGGAGAGGCAGGCCACACUGGAGAGGCGCCACCUGGGCCCCGCGUUCGAGCCCUUUUCUGACUUCAGGUCCUGUAGCCUGGACCAGUCCAUGGCUAGCGACAUGUCCACCUCUUCGAUGUCUCCGCGACGCCUGUGCCAGGGCAUCACCAAGGCCGGGCAGCCAUGCAGGAAGAAGGCCGUUCCCGGACAGGAGUUUUGCCACGUUCACGUAUCUGGACAAGUAUCCUACACCAGCUGAGCCUUGGGGCUCUCGGUCUAACCUGGGCAGCCGCUAGGUUAGUCUGGACCUUGGGUGGCUGGCCAGGAACCUGUGAACUCCUGGAGUGCAGCUGGGGCCCCACCCCCACAUCUCAGCAACAGCCAUUCUGUGGCAUUAUUUUAAACACUGCCUUUGAUUUUAAUGUGUACGUUUGAAUGGAGGGACUACGGCUGCUGAGGGCUGGCAGCCCCUGCCUGGCAGCUUUUCUAGGGUCUCGUGGGGCUUCUUUGAGGAAAGCCCCAUUUUAAAUAGACCACCCUGCUCUGUGAAUGUUCCAGCCUGUCUCAAAUGCUUCAGCUCCUGGCGAAAGUUGGGGAUCCCAUGAAAACUGCAGGAGAUGAGGCGCCUCUACGUUCACACUGACUCAGGAGCCGGUGGACUCUGUUUACAAAUCCAGCUGGCUUGUCCAGUGGCCACAGCUGCCCAGCUCCAGCUGGGUGGUUCUGGCCUGCUCCACCUCUGCCAGCCAUUGAGACGCUCAUCCGGGCUCAGCUGAGCUGGUAGAACAGACUCCAGCUCCCUCAGCGCCAUUGGGACAAACCUCUUGUCAGUAGAGAUGCCUGGGGUAAGAAGGUGCCAUGUUGGUA